CUCAACAAAUAAGAAUUUUAUAAUAAGAAAAACGAAGAUAAUGAAGAAUAUUAAAUUACUGAAAUGGAUACUAACCCUAACAACAAUUAUCCAAUCAUCAUCAUCAUCUGAUAUUCCGACUCCGUUACCGGCGCCGUGGCCGGAGCAAUUCCACGCAGUGGUGGUAAUGAACUUGAGCGAAAGCCAACAAGUACACGUGACGGACUUGUGGUACGACUGGGGAAAGGGUAGAAACGUAAAUAUACACCAGAAGCAAUUGGCGGAGAAAGAAUACGCCGUUGAAUGGAAUAACGGCACGUCGUUUUACUACUCGCUUAACCACAACCCACCGUACUGUAAUAUCACCACUUUCGAAGUGGGAAUUACUCGCCCCGAUUUUUUACAGACUGAUGCCGAGUACUCGGGGCCUCAAAUGGUAGAGGGGUUUUUGUGCCACGUGUGGAAAAAGGCUGAUUUCAUUGUUUAUUAUGAAGAUGUUAUCACUCAUCGUCCUGUUCGUUUUGAUUUCGUCGAUGGUACUAUUUAUAACUACGUGAUGACAUUUGAAGUUGGUGCAGUUUUAGCUGAUUCAGAAGUCCAAGCACCUGCCUUUUGCUUUAACCAAGAUACUAUUAGUGAAAUAUGAGAACAAUAUUAUUACAUUUGUAGUAUUGUAUGACUAUAAUUUUCUGUUUUUUUUUUUUGAUGGAACUAUAAUUUUCUGAAAUAAAGAAACAUUUAUAAUUAGGUAUUUUAAAUUUGCAUGCAUUGCUUUGUAAAUGAAAUUGUUUGAUGAUGCCAUUAAUUCUCUUUAGUAGUUUAAUAAUGAAUAGUGUUUUUAUGUAGAAAA